GAGAAGGUAACAAACAUAUCGGAGUGUUAACGUGAUGGAAAAGCAAGCGGAAAGUAAAUUCACAUUUACUUGGAUUAUCGAAAAUUUUAGCAUGUGUCACCAGUCAUACAAAGAAUAUAUUUAUAGCGAGUUCACUUCAGAUUAUUUACCCCGUAUAAAGUGGAAAAUUAAAAUAUAUCCGAGAGGAAGAAGUUAUGAAAACGACAUAAGUUUGUUUCUCAGAAGAACUGAUGAUAUUCCAGAUACCUAUAACGUAACUUUCACUAUGCAAAUCCUAGAUUGCAGAGAGAAGUCGAUUUUAGGUCCUUUGCAAUUUAGUAAGAUAUUUGAAGCCCACUCUGCUUGGUGUUACCCAUCGUGUAUUGAAAGGGAUUCUCUUUUUGAGUUACUUAUAAAUGAUGUUUUAAUUGUGAAAUUUUCUUUAAAGCCAGUGUCUGAGGCAAGUGAUGAACAAAUACUUCCUCCACUUCCUUACAAAAAUGGACUAUUUGCGGAUGUCGUGUUAGGCGCAAGUAGUGAAGAAUUCAAAGUGCAUAAAGCUGUUUUAUGGGCGAGGUGGCAGAGACUUGUAGAAAAAAUGGAUGCAGAACAGACUCGCGAGCAAAUUUUCGAUAUCGGAUCGGACGUACUGGAAGCCAUACUCAAAUAUGUUUACACCGGAAAAUUAGAUAGCAUUAAACCUGAUUUGUUAACGAAACUCGAUGCUGCUGCAAAGACAUAUGAACUCUCCAAUUUGAAAUGUUUACCUGUUGUUGCACAGACUGCACGAACCAUUGUUAGCGUCAAGAAGAUAUCAUUUGAAUGGCCAAUAAACAAUUUUUCGAGUUUGCUUAGUAAUGCAGUUUUACGUAACUGCGCAUUCACUGUCAAUUUUUUUAAAUCUUGUGUUUGGAACUUCACCCUCCAUAUGCGUGAAGAUGCAGUGCAUGGUAGAAAGUUUGAUAUUUCCCUUUCGAAAACGUACAAACCCAAAGCCAAGGGGAUUUUCGUUAAAAGCAAGAUAUCAUUCGAUGAUAGUAAUAGUUCUGAAGAUGAACAUUUGUUCGAAACGAACGAAAACUGGAUUGUGCCAAGUACACGGAUCUUCGUUAAAAGCAAGGUAUCUUUCGAUGAUAAUAAUACUUCUGAAGACGAACAUAUGUUCGAAACGGACGAAAACUGGAUUUGUGCCAAGUUUUCACGGACUGUUUCUGUAGAUCCCGAGGACACGUUACUACUUAAAUUCGAAUUAAUGUUUUCUGACUGCCAAUAUUUUUCAGAAAUUAUGGAUGUUUCUUACGCUUGCGCAUCUUCUGUUAAUUGCUAUUCUUUUAACAACGAUUUUAGAAAGCUCUACGAAAAUCGUACGUUAUCGGACGUUAAUAUUAUCGUCGGUUCCAAAACGUUCCCGGCACAUAAAUGUGUUUUAUGCGCCCGAUCUUCGGUGUUUGCCAAAAUGUUCGAAACCGAUAUGAUCGAAUCAGAAACAAAUAAGGUUGAAAUUUCAGAUAUUGAACCUCAAGUAAUGGAUGAAUUCCUCCAGUUUACGUAUACCGGCAAUUUGAAAAACUCUUUGAAUGAAACAGCCGAGCAACUCUACGCGGUAGCUGAUAAGUACGAUGUUCCUGCUCUGAAGAAAAAGUGCUCAUCUUUUCUGAAAUCUAACCUUAGCGUUGAAAAUGUGUUUAGAACUCUACAGAUAGCCAAUAUGCAUUCGGAUGAUGAUUUAUAUAAAAGUGUGUUUGAGUUUACAAGUGCGCAUGGAGAGGAAAUUUUCAUGACUCAUGAAUGGAAAGAUAUCGCGAAGAACAACUUCCAUGUGAAGCUUCUUUACGAUACAAUAGUUCAGAAAAAACUUUCAGUGUAAUUGAUAUGCCACCAGACUUCUUUACUAAUUUUCUGAUAUUGAAACUUAUUUAGAAAAAAUGUCUAAUUUUCGUCUGCUUUGUUAGUAGCUACUGAAGAUCGGCGGAGCACGUCUUCCCUUUACAGACAAUAGAAAAAGGUAAAAAAUUCAGUGUUUUAGAAUGAAGCUUUUUUAGAUGAAAAUAUUGCAAGCAAAUAAAUGUUUCUUGAUAGAAUGAUAUUAA